CGGAUAUACUAGCUCGUAGAAUAUACAAUUACAGUUAGAUUCAAGUACUCAAUCGCCAAAGCUAGCAGUUCUAUAAACGAUCAAUGGAAAACAAACUUCCAAGAUUUUUCAAGGUGUUGAUGCCUGGCUUUCGUACUAGACUGGCCCAUAACAAAAUCAGAAGAUGCAAAGAAGGCAACAACAGGCUGUGUUUCAAGAAUGGGUGGAAAGAGUUUGUGAAGCAAAACCGCCUGGUUGCUGGAGACUUUGUGGUCUUUAAACAUACAAGCCGCCUGAUUUUUAAGGUCAAUAUGUUUGAUCUCACUUGUUGCGAGAAAGAUUGUCAUGGCCAGUCAGAAACAUAUAACAACAUUAUUGAUGGAGAAGGAUGUGCCCAAGGAUCAAAUGGUGAUGGAGUGCAACUUCACAAACAUGAGAAAGUGACGACGGACAAAAAUAGAAAGAGAGUGACUAAAGGGGUGAAUAUAUCUCCAAGGGAGCAGUGUCCUCAAUUUACAAAGACAAUAACGCCC